AUGGGAGCCAGUUCCUCUGGUGAUGAUCAUGAUGUGGUCAUGAUGGCGUCGGAGAAUAGAACUAGGCCACGGGACGAUGUCCUGCAGAGAUGCUCGUUGACAACCAUGCACACAUUUCGUUACCGCCCAGAACUCUUGCAGGGGGUUGCCGAGCAACUCACGGGGGAAUUGAAGCAGUAUGAAGACUGGUUCAUCGUGGAUGGGGCCAAAUUGAAGGCCAUCACGGAGCAUUUUCUCACGGAAUUGGACAAAGGACUGUCCAUCGAGGGUGGAUGUAUUGUUAGUAUUUUGGAAUCGACAGAAAAAAAUCUGGAACUGAGGGCACGCUGA